CCACAGACCAUGCCCUCCCCACCUCCAGCUCCGGUGGAGAUCAGCACUUGGCCUCAGGACAGAGACCAGACUAAGAGAGGAGGUUACGAGGAAGCAGGGAACCCCAGAAAGGAGGUAGCGACGGGAGAGUGUGCACCUGCCACCAGUCAAGCUCCGCCAGACUGUGAGACAGGCAGAGCAGCCCAGGGAGCCAGUGAACCAUGGACAAGUUGAAGUGCCCGAGCUUCUUCAAGUGCAGAGGGAAGGAGAAAGUGACGGCUUCAUCUGAGAAUUUCCAUAUUGGUGAAAAUGAUGAGAAUCUGGACCGUGGUAACUGGUCCAAAAAAUCGGAUUACCUUUUAUCUAUGGUUGGAUAUGCAGUGGGAUUGGGGAAUGUGUGGAGAUUCCCAUAUUUGACCUACAACAAUGGCGGAGGUGCCUUCUUGAUACCUUAUGCGAUUAUGCUAGCACUGGCUGGCUUACCUUUGUUCUUCCUAGAGUGCUCACUGGGACAAUUUGCUAGCUUAGGUCCAGUUUCAGUUUGGAGGAUUCUACCAUUGUUUCAAGGUGUGGGGAUUACAAUGGUCCUGAUAUCCAUUUUUGUGACAAUCUAUUAUAAUGUCAUAAUUGCCUAUAGUCUUUACUACAUGUUUGCUUCUUUUCAACGUGAACUACCAUGGCAAAAUUGUUCUUAUUGGGCAGAUAAAACCUGUAGCAGAUCGCCUAUAGUGACACAUUGUAAUGUGAGUAUAAAGCUAGGUGAAAUCUUCCAAGUGAAUAAAAGCUGGGUAGACGCCAACAAUUUUACCUGCAUCAAUGGAAGUGAAGUUUAUCAGCCAGGGCAGCUUCCCAGUGAACAAUAUUGGAAUAAAGUGGCGCUCCAACGAUCAAGUGGAUUGGAUGAGACUGGAGUCAUUGUGUGGUAUUUAGCACUUUGUCUUCUUCUGGCCUGGCUCAUAGUUGGAACAGCACUAUUUAAAGGAAUCAAGUCUUCUGGGAAGGUGGUGUAUUUUACAGCUAUUUUCCCCUAUGUUGUCUUGCUCAUCCUGCUGAUCCGAGGGGCAACUCUGGAUGGUGCAUCAAAAGGCAUUUCAUACUAUAUUGGAGCACAGUCAAAUUUUACAAAACUUAGGGAAGCUGAGGUUUGGAAAGAUGCUGCCACACAGAUAUUUUAUUCCUUGUCAGUGGCUUGGGGUGGUUUAGUUGCUCUGUCAUCUUACAAUAAGUUCAAUAACAACUGCUUCUCAGAUGCCAUUGUAAUUUGCUUGACAAAUUGCCUCACUAGUGUGUUCGCUGGAUUUGCUAUUUUUUCUAUAUUGGGACACAUGGCUCAUAUAUCUGGAAAGGAAGUCUCUCAAGUUGUAAAAUCAGGUUUUGAUUUGGCAUUCAUUGCUUAUCCAGAAGCUCUAGCUCAACUCCCAGGUGGGCCAUUUUGGUCCAUAUUAUUUUUCUUCAUGCUUUUGACUUUGGGUCUCGACUCUCAGUUUGCUUCCGUUGAAACGAUUACAACAACGAUUCAAGAUUUAUUUCCCAAAGUGAUGAAGAAAAUGAGGGCUCCCAUAACUUUGUGUUGCUGCUUGGUUUUGUUUCUCCUUGGCCUCAUCUGUGUGACUCAGGCUGGAAUUUACUGGGUUCAUCUGAUUGACCACUUCUGUGCUGGAUGGGGCAUUUUGAUUGCAGCUAUACUGGAACUAAUAGGAAUCAUCUGGAUUUAUGGAGGCAACAGAUUCAUUGAAGAUAUAGAAAUGAUGAUUGGAGCAAAAAGGUGGCUAUUCUGGCUAUGGUGGAGAGCUUGCUGGUUUGUCAUUACGCCUGUCCUUUUAACGGCAAUCUUGAUCUGGUCAUUGGUACAAUUUCAUAGACCUGAGUAUGCCCAAAUUCCAUACCCUGACUGGGGAGUUGCUAUAGGCUGGUGUAUGAUUAUUUUCUGCAUUAUUUGGAUUCCAAUUAUGGCUAUUAUAAAAAUAAUUCAAGCUGAAGGAACCAUCCUUCAACGCAUUGUAAGCUGCUGCAGACCAGCUUCUAACUGGGGGCCAUAUCUGGAAAGACAUCGUGGGGAAAGAUAUAAAAACAUGGUAGAUCGUGAAAAAGAGACUGACCAUGAAAUACCUACUGUUAGUGGCAGUAGAAAACCAGAAUGAGAUCUAGUUUUUAAAAAUAUGUGGUUGUGUAAUGUGAUUAUUUUAGAAUAGAGGAAAUUUUUAUUUAUUUGUAUGUUGAGUAGAAAAACGUAUAUACUAGGUUCAUAAUAGUAUGAUGAGCUUUUUUUCCCAUUUAAGCAGGAAUGUAAUAUAAAAAUGUGAAUCUACUAAUGUUUAGCAAUGUGAUUAUUAUAUUUCUUUUAAGAUUAUCUUAACAGACACAUAGCUGCCUCUAUUUCACAAUAAAAUAUUAAAAAUAAUAUUUUUCUAAUAUAUUGAAGGCUUUAUUUUGAACUGGUUAUUUAGAAAAUAGUUAUAUUUUCUAUUAUACAAGGUUUUAAAUAUCACUUGCUUACGUUUUCUUAGUACAUAAUCCUUCCUUUCCAUAAAGCUGGGGAAAAUAAAUCAAUAUAUUUAAAAGA